AAAAGGACUUUUUGGUAUGAAAUAUCUGUCCAAUAAGGAUGUCUCUUCAGUGUUUUAAAGAGCUCAUUCUAUUUUAAGCUGCACCCGUCAUUAGACUUCUGUGUGUGGUGCUGACCUUGUCAAGGGAGCAUGUGCCUACUCUGCGUGCAUGUCAGGCAAACAACAAAAGCCCUAUAAGGCGGUGUUUAGGCUAGUUAGUCUCUUUUCUGCUCACUGUGGCUGCAAGAUACUUCAGGCUCAGCCCUCAGCAGGUUCCUUCUUCCUCAGGGGUCUGGGAUGGUGGCCUCCCACAGCAGGGCCUGUCCUGUCGUCCUUGAAAGUAUGUUGUAAUCAGCUCACUAGCAUCACCUAUUUGCAAAUUAAUUUAUAUACCAAUUUCUUCAGAAUAUGAAAGUAACAUAUUGAUGUUGUAUGUCACGGGUGAUUUAUUUUUCCUGUUUUUCACAGUUAGCAAAUCUUUGAAUCUUUGAUGUGUUUUGUUCUUCUGAGUUACUCUACCUGAAUACAGGAAAAUACCACAAUUGCAAAGGUUUUUAGCCCGUUUCUUGAUGAAGAUGGCAGCUAACAAUGCAGUGCUGAACAGACUGGAGCAGAAGGGUGCAGAGGCUGAUCAAGUUAUUGAAUACCUCAAACAGCAAAUUGCUCUACUCAAAGAGAAAGCUAUCUUGCAGGCAUCGCUCCGAGAAGAGAAGAAGCUCCGUGUGGAAAAUGCAAAACUGAAGAAAGAAAUUGAAGGGCUGAAACAGGAGCUGAUUCAGGCUGAAAUUCGAAAUGGAGUAAAACAGGUCGCAGUUCCUUCUGGUACAACUGUUUCUACAGCUUCAUUUUCAGAAGAUGUUCCACAACCUGCAGCAGUUGCAUCGUCUGGUUCCAAAGAUCACGUUAAAGGUGAAGAUGAAGAAAAGAAAAAGAAGGAAAAAGUAGAAAAAAAAGGUGAUAAGAAGGAGAAGAAACAGCAGCCAGUUGCUGGAAGUAGUGAUUCAAAACCUGUAGAUGUAUCUCGUCUGGAUCUUCGUGUUGGCUGCAUUAUUACAGCUGAAAAGCACCCGGAUGCAGACUCAUUGUAUGUUGAAAAGGUGGAUGUUGGAGAAGCGAGCCCAAGGACUGUUGUCAGUGGUUUAGUGAAAUAUGUUCCCCUGGAUCAGAUGCAGAAUCGGAUGGCAGUACUGCUCUGUAACUUGAAGCCUGCAAAGAUGAGAGGAGUAGUAUCUCAAGCAAUGGUGAUGUGUGCCAGCUCCCCAGAAAAAGUGGAAAUUCUGGCUCCCCCAGUUGGGGCGGUACCUGGGGACAGAAUCACUUUUGAAGGUUUUCCAGGAGAUCCUGAGAAGGAACUUAAUCCCAAGAAGAAGAUGUGGGAGCAAAUCCAACCUGAUCUUCAUACCAACGACCAGUGUGUUGCUACAUACAAAGGAGUUCCAUUUGAAGUGAAAGGGAAAGGAGUUUGCAGGGCAGAGACCAUGGCAAACAGUGGAAUUAAAUAAAUGGUUAUUAGCUGCUUGUUCAGAUGUUGAAAUGGAAAGUAAUGCGAGCACAAUAAAAAACAUGAAUAUAUAACCCUCUGAAA